AUGGCUACCAACGACGCAGCUCCCCCCAACCUGGGGGGCGCUUCGGGCCACCAGAAAACCGGUCGAGCGUCGCCCGCACCCGCAGCUCAAUCGAAGCGCGACCGCAAGCGCCAGGUCCUGGCCGACAAGAUCAACAGUCUCCAAGAGAAAUUCAACCGGGAUCGUGAAGUCGGAUACCGUGACCAGCUCCAGAAAGUUCAGGUUGACACCAACUUGGUUCAGCGUAUCGAUCCCUACUCUGAAGACGUCCUAAGCGUCAUCGCCAGCCUGCGCCAGGAGCAUGACGAGACCCAGGGACAAGAGCCGCUGGCCGAUUCCAGCCGGACCCUCCUUCAGAUGGCAGGUCCCAAAUUCGAGGACUUUGUCCAGGGUAUCGAGGAUCUCAUUGAGUACCGAGACUUUCACUUACUCCAGCACAUGCACGAACACGAGCGCCGCCUCCACCAAUACAAGAAUGAAUACCUCUACAAGGUCGAAACCGCAAAGCGCGAGCACAGCGCCCUCUCUGCUACGCUCCGCGAUCGUCUCGUCAACACUCUGCUCUCGAGGAAAAUCCGCCUUAAUAAGGAGAAGGAAGCUCUGGAAAUCUCCGACUCGUCCGCCUUGCUGCUCCACCCCAAUCAGUUCAGCAUUACCAACCCCGCCAGUCCUGGCGGCACACAUGGGAAGCGAGCAACAAGGUUGCGCAAGGACGCCGAGGAGUUUCCGGGCUAUUCGGAUAACAAGAAGCGCAAGAGGAACCCCGGCGAGGACGACGGCUCUCCUGUCCCCUCCAGGCGGGCGCUCGACCCUAACAGCACGACACCCCUCUGGCAGAACGAGAAGCUUCGCGUCGCAGCGAAGCAGAACGGUCCCGCCUACAGUAUUGAUAAGCUUUUCACCGAGAAGGAGCUCACGAUGGCGUACAAUGCGGCAGCGAUUGCCGCCCAUAAGCACAUUCUGAGGCACAAGGCCUACGCGAACGGUGGCUCGUCCCCCGGUAGCGAUUCCGGUCACGGCGAGGACGGCGACCAGGAUAGUGAGGCUUGGCCUGCCGCGCCCAUGAUGGAACGCACCAGCUCUCACGCGACUAGAAGUACCAGGGCUGGCAUCAAUCAGAAUCUGAUUGACGCCGUUGAGGGUGCCAAUGGAUUGGAGUUGCCCAAGUACCUCGAAAUCAUGCAUCCGCAUGAGCCCGCCAAGCUGCCGUCAUCAUCCAUGACCAACUACUUCAAGCCUGUCAGGGGAAACACCGAUGCCAACCUCCCGCAGUCGCUGUCACAGGAUGAGAUCAGCUCUGAUAUCAUGGUCAUGGACCUGUUCAAAAAGUACGAUGCUAGCCAUAAGCCCGGCGAUUCCAUCGACCACCCCAAUGGCAGCAGGAGGCUGCUUGAAGCUUCCAUUGCUCCUUACACCAAGACGCCUUGGUCAGGCUUCAAGCCUGGUCCUCGACCGGACCCGACGAACCUUAGAGAGGAUCUCCAACCGAUUGAGAGCAGCGUGAGAGACGAAGCUCCCCCGCCCAUGUCAUCUCUUGCAGCCGUCGCUGCGGUGCCGAUGAGCCGCAACAGUAGCGCGGCUGGUGGUGCGGCUAUGAGCCGGCAAGGCAGCUCCCGCGGAAAGGGCCGCAAGAACCAGUCAUGA